AUGCCGUCCUUGUUGGAGGUUGCGAAGACUAACCCCUUCUCCAAGCCCGCCGUGGCUGACCAGGGCCUGGUCGAAUUCGGUUCUACCGAAUACUAUGCCAAAUGCAUGAUCGGUGGUGCUGCUUCUUGCGGUAUCACCCACACCGCCGUCGUCCCCCUUGAUUUGGUCAAGUGCCGAAUGCAGGUUGAUGCCGCCAAGUAUCCCUCCCUCGGACAGGGUAUGAAAGUCACCAUCGCCGAAGGUGGUGUCAAGGCUCUUGCUCGAGGAUGGGCUCCUACCCUCAUCGGUUACUCCAUGCAGGGUUGCUUCAAGUUUGGUUUCUACGAAAUCUUCAAGAACGUCUACGGAGGCAUCAUGGGUGAAGAGAACGCCUUCCUUUACCGAACUUCUCUUUACCUCAUCGCCUCUGCUUCCGCUGAGUUCUUCGCUGAUAUUGCUCUUGCUCCCAUGGAAGCCGUCAAGGUCCGAAUCCAGACCUCUGACUACUCCUCCACUCUCCGAGACUGCUUCCCUCGAAUGAAGGCUGAGGAAGGCACCGGUACCUUCUACAAGGGUCUCAAGCCCCUCUGGAUGCGACAGAUUCCUUACACCAUGAUGAAGUUCGCCUGCUUCGAAAAGACCGUCGAGGCCAUCUACCAGUACGUCGUCCCCAAGCCACGAGAGCAGUGCUCCAAGUCCGAGCAGCUCAUGGUCACCUUCGCCGCCGGUUACAUCGCUGGUGUCUUCUGUGCCAUCGUCUCCCACCCCGCCGACUCCGUCGUCUCCGUCAUCAACAAGGACCCCUCCAAAUCUGCUGGACAGAUCCUCAAGGAGAUGGGACCCAAGGGUGUCUGGAAGGGACUUGGUGCCCGAAUCAUCAUGAUCGGUACCCUCACUGCUCUCCAGUGGUUCAUCUACGAUGGUGUCAAGGUCGCUCUCCGACUCCCCCGACCACCACCACCAGCCAUGCCCGAAUCCCUCAAGAAGAAGCUCGGCAUCCAGGAGUAA